AAAGAAAAAACCUCGAAACUUGCUUCAAUUUUUCCGAUUUCAGAUCUUCUCAAACCCUAAUGUUAAAAUGUCGUUAAAUCGACAACUCCUCUUCACUUACUUCUUCAUCGUCUCUCUUAUCCUCUUCUCCGGUUUCGUAUCCUCUCAAACAAUACCAAAAGAAGAAGUGGCUGCUUUACGAAGCGUAGCGACGGCGUUGAAGAAGAGUGGUUGGAAUUUUAGUGUGGAUCCAUGCGGCCUCUCUGCCUCUCAAGGAGGAUGGAGGAAUCCUAACCCCGCUAAGGGAUUAGAAUACGCCGUUUCUUGUAACUGCUCCACCGUCAUCUGCCACGUCACCAGCAUAGUUCUCAAGGCACAAGACCUUCAAGGAACUCUCCCUAAAGAUCUUUCAGGACUUCCUUUCUUGCUAGAGAUUGAUUUGACUAGAAACUAUCUCAACGGAUCUAUUCCUUCCGAAUGGGGAAACACAUCACUUGUAAUGAUCUCACUACUUGGAAACCGGAUAAGUGGUUCAAUCCCAAAAGAACUUGCAAACCUUAAAAACCUUUCUAGUCUUGUCUUGGAAUACAACCAAAUCUCAGGGAAGUUACCUCCAGAGCUCGGGAAUUUACCAAACAUUAAAAGACUGCUUCUUAGCUCGAAUAACUUGAGCGGGGAUAUCCCAAGUACAUUCGCCAAACUUACUACAUUGACUGAUUUACGUCUUAGUGACAACCAGUUCACUGGUACUAUACCAGAUUUCAUCCAGAACUGGACUGGACUUGAGAAACUGGUUAUUCAAGCAAGUGGUUUAGUUGGACCGAUUCCUAGUGCCAUUGGUCUUCUGGGAAACUUAACAGACUUGAGAAUCACUGACUUGAGUGGACCUGAAUCUCCAUUUCCGCCACUAAUAAACAUGACAUCGUUGAAGUAUUUGAUUCUGAGGAACUGCAACCUUACAGGAGACUUACCUGCGUAUCUUGGAGAGAAGCGACCCUUAAAGAAUUUAGAUCUUAGCUUUAACAAACUGAGUGGACCAAUCCCCAACUCAUAUACUGCUCUUUCAGAUGUAGAUUUCAUAUACUUUACAAGUAACAUGUUAAACGGGGAAGUACCAAGUUGGAUGGCAGACAAAGGAGACACGAUUGAUCUUGCUUACAAUAACUUUUCUAAAGAUAAUAAACCCGAAGAAUGUCAACGAAAAUCUGUGAAUACGUUUUCAAGCACAAGCCCUUUAGUGGCAAAUAACUCCUCAAAUGUUUCAUGUCUGACCAAAUAUACCUGUCCUAAAACUUUCUACGGCCUUCACAUAAACUGUGGUGGUAAUGAACUAACAGUCAAUGAGACAAAGUAUGACGCUGACACAUCAGAUACACCGGGUUACUAUGGUGGUAUAAACGGGUGGGUUUCUAGCAACACGGGAAACUUCUUGGAUGAUGAUCGGACUAACAAUGGAAAAUACGUAUGGGAGAAUUCAUCUGUGCUUAACAUAACAAAUUCUAGCCUAGAUUCUAGUGACAACAACUCGUAUACCAGUUUGGGAAGACGAUUCUUUGACAUAUACGUUCAGGGUAAACUUGAGGUGAAGGAUUUCAAUAUUGUUGAUGAGGCAAAAGGUGCAGGAAGAGCUGUGGUUAAGAAAUUUCCGGUCACGAUUACGAAUGGGAAACUGGAUAUUAGAUUACAGUGGGCUGGGAAAGGAACUCAAGCUAUUCCUGUGAGAGGUGUAUAUGGUCCUCUCAUAUCUGCUGUAUCAGUUGAUCCAAAUUUUAUUCCACCAAAGGAACCUGGCACUGGAACUGGUGGUGGGAGCUCUGUUGGUGCAGUGGUUGGUAGUGUAAUUGCUUCAACUUUGUUUCUUGUGCUUUUAAUCGGCGGUAUAUUAUGGUGGAGAGGCUGCUUAAGACCCAAGAGUCAGAUGGAAAAAGAUUUCAAGAACUUAGAUUUCCAGAUCAGUUCAUUCUCGUUGAGGCAAAUCAAAGUAGCCACGGAUAACUUUGAUCCUGAAAACAAGAUUGGAGAAGGUGGUUUCGGUCCUGUACACAAGGGAGUGUUGACUGAUGGAACCGUAAUCGCGGUGAAGCAGCUAUCGGCGAAAUCAAAACAAGGGAAUAGGGAGUUCUUGAACGAGAUUGCUAUGAUUUCGGCUCUGCAGCAUCCACAUUUGGUUAAACUAUAUGGAUGUUGUGUCGAAGGUGACCAGCUCUUGCUAGUUUACGAGUACUUGGAAAACAACAGUCUCGCAAGAGCUCUUUUCGGUCCUCAAGAGACUCAGAUACCACUAAAUUGGCCAAUGAGGCAGAAGAUUUGUGUCGGAAUAGCGAGAGGAUUAGCUUAUCUCCACGAGGAAUCAAGACUCAAGAUCGUACACAGAGACAUCAAAGCCACUAAUGUCUUGCUGGAUAAGGAACUAAACCCAAAGAUUUCAGAUUUUGGUCUUGCUAAGCUUGAUGAAGAGGAAAACACACACAUCAGCACACGAGUCGCCGGAACAUAUGGAUACAUGGCUCCAGAAUACGCCAUGAGAGGCCAUUUGACAGAUAAAGCCGACGUCUACAGUUUCGGUGUUGUGGCUCUAGAAAUCGUUCACGGAAAGAGCAACACGAGCUCGCGAUCUAAAGCCGAUACCUUCUACCUUCUUGACUGGGUGCACGUUCUAAGAGAGCAAAACAAUUUGUUCGAAGUAGUAGAUCCAAGGCUAGGAACAGAUUACAACAAACAAGAAGCAAUGACGAUGAUUAAGAUAGGGAUGCUCUGCACCAGUCAAGCUCCGGGGGAUAGGCCUUCGAUGUCGACGGUGGUGAGUAUGCUCGAAGGCCAUUCAACGGUGAAUGUUGAGAAGCUUCUUGAAGCUUCUUUAGACAAUGAAAAGGACGAAGAGAGCGUGAGAGCUAUGAAAAGACAUUACGCCACGAUAGGUGAGGAGGAGAUAACGAACACGACAACCACCGAUGGACCUUUCACGUCGUCUUCUACGUCAACCGCCAACGCCGGCGAUCUUUACCCUGUUAAGCUCGACUCUUCUUAUUGGAACACCAGAACUUAAGAAGUAUUGAUUAUGUUUUUGCAAAAUAUAAAAAGAAGAUAUGGAG